ACUACUCAGCUGCAGACAUGAACAACCAAGGCGUGACUUAUGCGGAACUCCAUCAUGCUAAGGGCUCAAAAAGACAGCAAGUGCAACCUAAGGGCACGAAAAGUUCCAUUUCAGUAACUGAGGAGGAGAUAGCCUAUGCAGAAUUAAAUCUUCAAAAUGUUUCUCGGGACCUUCAAGGGAAUGGCAAGAACUCUCCCUGCAAAGAGAAGCUCAUUGCCGGUAUCUUGGGAAUCCUCUGCCUCGUCUUGAUGUCCACUGUGGUAACAAUAGCUGUUAUUCCCUCUACUGAAGGACCAGAGCAGAACAAAACAUCCGUGGAAACGACCAUCCAGAAAGGUACAACAUCCCUUGCAAAAUUCUGUUAUUAGUUUAGUGUCUAUUUUAGCUCUAUCUUCAAGUAGGCAAAGAUGAUAACAGAUUCUUUGGGAAAAAGUGAAUUCAAAAAUCGCUUAAUGAACUUUCAGAACUGAUGGGGAAAUACUCAUUCAAAAUCAUCGUACAUGCUGUUAAAAUUGCCUCACAUUUCUUCCUUUUAUAACAUGAUAAAAGGUAAAUCAUUUCAUAAAGAUGGUU